GCCUCAGUGCGCAGGACAGGACAGGCAUGGAUGCAAACGUGGGUAGUAGUAGUCAUUUGGACACAUAAACCACGAUUGUUGCUGGUAGGGAAGCCCCUAACUGCGGGUAGAAGAACAGAGGUUUGACCAGGUGAGUGUCGUUUAAAUGUGAGACAGAGGAAGCAUUCCUCAACUUUACAGGGAGGUCACAUUUGUAAUCAGUUUAGACUGGUAAGUUCGUGUACUCUGUAGGUAAGCUAGGUGGAUGUGGGUAAAGUUAACAAAAGUGGUACAAACUUUAAGCCACGUUACAAUUGCACAUGUGUCCUCAUACUUAAUUUAAGUGUCUGCAAAUGUGAGUAUACGCCGAACCAAUACCGUGACUAAUCACGUGUUAGCUAACGUUAGCCCUACAUUAGCCAAAAAAGUUGGAAGCCGUAGCCAGUUAGCAAGCAAUUCAUUAGCUCCAAAACUGACUUUACACAUUCGCUGAAUAUAUUAUUAUUAAAUAUAUAAACCUUAUACCGUUUACCCAAAUAGAACAACUUUUACCAGAAAGUAAUGCAUUUUAUUGAAGAUUCAUCCCAUCUCCGUAAUAUCAAAGCAUCAACUUUUUUUCAUCGAUAGCCCCGCCUGGUUUUACAGGAUAAGUGAAAUACUUCCCACACUACGAGCAGUGGAAAGGAUUUUGAGUGACAUUUAAUUGCACCAGUCGGUUUUAAGGACCUGUGAAUGAGGGCGUUUCAAUUCGAGUUUCUAACCAAUCAAAUUCAUACUUUGUAACGAAGCUGGCCAAUGGCUUUGUUUACUACGGAGCAUGUCCAAUCAGAGUGAGGUGUAGGGUCUUUUAAAGAUAGUUUCAGGAAGUGCCGUUAAAUACCAGGAAGUUGUAAACAAAGCUGACAGCUAUUUAGUUAGCUGUUAACAACGUCUGAAUGGAUGCAGAGCUAGCUGUGUAAAACAGGCUAGUAUUACGCGGACUUCGUGUAUUCAUCAUUAAUACUGCCAGCCAGCACUUUCCGAAAGAGUCGCUUCCGGAAUUGUAUAUUCUUCCGUGUGUUCGUUCCACAAGCUAACGUUAGCUGCCUUCCGUUGCAUCGUUAGGAAAAAGGCUAACGUUUGCACAAGGACGUUGCAUCGAUCUGUAUCUCCCUCAAAGUUGAUCUGAAUCGAUUUUAAUUUUUCUGAAUUGAGCGGAGACUUAGGACUAUCAGGAUCUGGCUCUUGUUUUUUUUGUUGUUGUUGCUGCAUUUGGUGUCUGGACGCAGAAAGAGCGAGAGAGCUCGUCCAUUUUAGCAGAGCAACAAUGUCUACAUCCAACGCAAAUUUUAAGAACAAGUGUGUGACCCAGGUGAACUGCAUAUUUUGUGAGAGUCUGCUGUGCACAAGAGGCAUGAAGGCAGUGCUUCUUGCGGACACAGAGGUUGAGCUUUUUUCCACCGAUAUACCUCCAAAUAGAACUGUUGACUUUGUGGCCAGCUGCUACUCUACUGAAAGCUGUAAAUGCAAACUGAGAGACAUCGCAUGUCUCAAAUGUGGUAAUGUUGUGGGCUAUCACGUUGUAGCCCCCUGUAAACCCUGCCUGCUCUCCUGUAACAACGGCCAUUUCUGGAUGUUCAAUAGCGAUGCUGUAUCUACUCUCAACAGACUGGAUGCGACAGGUCUGAAUCUGCUUCUGUGGGGAGAUCUUCCUGAGCUAGAUGACAGUGAGAAUGAAGAAUCAGAAAGCCCAUCAGAGGAGGAGUGUAUUAGGUAGACAGGGAAACGGACAUUGUGAGAGACCUGGAGCACCAAUAUUUGAGUGGUGGAGCUUAAAGAGUGUACAAACCAUGAUGGGAUGAGACAGAAACAAGGAGCCUUAAAGGGUAAUUGAACACUGAAUCAUAUAAGACGGAUAACUUCUGCUGUAUUACUCUGUUCUGGCUGAAACAUUAGACAAUAGUGCACGUCUGGCUGAACACAAGUGAUGUCACAGCAGGUGUUUGCCUUCGACACCUAAUAGAAAAUGUCAGGUGUGAUAUCCUUGAUUGAACUGUGGCUAUAAGCACAACUUGGUCUUAAGUUUGAACCCACAGAGAACAACACAGGAGAAGUUCUUGGUCCUUGUAUUUGAGUGUUUAAUUAACCUUUAACCUGUGACCAUGCCUUUUCCCAAUCACUUUUCACUGUUAAAAGCACAGACACACAGAUAUAUUCUUUUCACUUUUUUUUUUUUUCUAUAUAUUUGCGUGGGCUAUAACAAACAUGUAGCUGAAGUAAACUGAACAUAACGGACAAGUAGACUCCUUAAUCUCGUGCGUUCUACUUUUCUGGGCUCAUAGUUUUGAUCAGCCUCAUGAGAAGUUGAGAGUGUGUCAGUGGAACUUACCUGUGAAUGCUGUGCUUUUUCACACUGUUUACGUUAAAAUCAGAUUUUCAGAUAAGAUGGCCCAGAUACGCCUGUUUUUCUUUUUAAUGGCGGUUAUAAUCUGCACAUUCAAUAUGCUGUAAUGAGAAAAGCUCCCAUUAACAGUCAUGUCUUAAAGGCUUAUAUUCUUGCCGUGUGGAUGGGUGCUGACUGAAACUUUUUAGUGCUUUUUAAAUCCCACAUAUUGGACAAAUAGCACAAUAACUGAAUGAUAUAUAUAUAUAUAAGUUCCUUGGUUUUGAAGGGCAUAUUUAAUUUAAGUUACCUUACGAUCUGAUGUUCUAUCAGUGAUAAGACUUGGAUAUGCUAAUAUAGUGUUUGCACACCUGUGACAGCAGCAGUAUGUGUUUAACACCCAGAUGAAUCCGACUGUAGCAGUAUCCCAUACUAACGUACUAAUCUGUGAACAGGGUGUGCUUCCACAAAAGCGUAGAGCAGCUGAGUUUAAAAUUGAGUUUUUGUUCAGAGCUGAAGUGAUUUAGAAAAAAAAAAAA